AUGGACCAAGUGACCAUCCCAGACUGCACGUGUACCAGAUUCGGUGUAAAGGAAAGCGAGUCCCCAGACACUUACAGGGUUCUUGGGAAGCAGUGUGCUGCUGUCAGAACCCACCACUGGUGGAUGAUGGAGCCUCCACACAGGUGUUUCCCAAGCAUCUGGAUACUCACUUGCCAUGGGAAUUCACCGUUCUGGACUUCAAGCAGCUCCCUCAACGGCAGCCAUGAUGAGUUCGGGAAGGCAGGUCUGUGGCCACACAGAACUGAUUUUGAGAAAGAAAGCAAAGAGUCACUGGUAUAUGAGGGCGUCCAGAGAAAUCCUCGCUCCACAUUCCCAGAACCUUCCCACUUAAGAUCAGGUGGCGUUCGAGGAAAACUGUAUGAGAAGGUUCACUGGAAGACCUUAGAAAAUACCUCCAAACUGAACAUCGCCAGCACAGGAAAAGUUCUUCCCCUGUGGUUUUCCAUUUCUGCAGAAUGUGGUGUGAGACCCCUGUAUGAUAACAGAAUUCGACACUCCAGGAUCAUAGGAGGGCAGGAGGCUGAGGUGGGUGAGUUCCCAUGGCAGGUGAGCAUUCAGGAAAAUGACCAUCAUUUCUGCGGCGGCUCCAUUCUCAGUGAAUGGUGGAUACUCACCGUGGCCCACUGCUUUUAUUCUCAGGAGCUUUCCCCAACAGAACUCACAGUCAGAGUGGGAACCAAUGACUUAACUACUUCACCCAUGGAACUGCAGGUCACCAACAUAAUUCGGCACAAAGACUUUAAACGACACAGCAUGGACAACGACAUCGCCUUGCUGCUGCUGGCCAAUCCCUUAACGUUCAAUGAGCAGACAGUGCCCAUCUGCAUGCCCCUCCAGCCCACCCCUCCCAGCUGGCAGGAAUGCUGGGUGGCAGGAUGGGGCACAACCGACUCGGCUGACAAAGAAUCCAUGAACAUGGAUCUCUUGAAGGUGCCCAUGCAUAUUACAGAUUGGAAGGAAUGCUUACAGCUGUUUCCAAGCCUCACCACAAACAUGCUGUGUGCUUCAUAUAACAAUGAGAGCUUCGAUGCCUGCCAGGGUGACAGUGGGGGACCACUUGUCUGCAACCAAGAGUCUGACGGCAGGUGGUACCAAGUGGGCAUCAUCAGCUGGGGCAAGAGCUGUGGACAAAAAGGCUCCCCAGGGAUAUACACUGUCUUGGCAAACUAUAUCCUGUGGAUUGAGAAAAUCACCCAGAUAGAGGGGAAGCCCUUGGAUCUUAAUAGUCAGAUGGUCUCUGUCAAGAAGAAAACCAGAAAGAACAACCAAGCCUCCAAAUGCCCAGCCCUGAACUACCCCCUAAGCUGGUUCCUGCCCUGUCUUCUGUCCUUUGCACUGCUUAGAGCUUUGUCCUACUGGGAAUAAAACAAUACAGUCUCUGACCCCUGGCAGGUGAGUUAGAGUGUGCUUUGGGACAUGCUACAAAUCUGAGCCAACAUUGAGGACCUGGAGGUGUGGACAGAAAGAGGAGGACCCCAAAGAUAGGCUGAAGCCCUGACUCAGGGGCUGAAUGCAGAUACAGCCAGGUAGGACAUAAGUUGUCACUCUUGGUCACCUGCCUGUUCAAGCUAAUUUCUUGUGGAUGGGGCCUUCUCUAGCUAGUCAUUUGUUUGGAUAGCAACUGUGAGACCUUCCAUUCCUCCUAUUUGAAGACUCUUCCUACCCAUCAUCCAUCACCCUUGGAGGCAGGAGAAAGGAUUCAGUGGUUAAAGAUGCUUGCUGCUCUUGCAGAAGACCCAGAUCCAGUGCCUGGUAGUGCUCGUAACCACCUGUUACUCCAGUUCCAUGGGAUCAGAUGUCUUCACCUCACCCCCUCUGUGCUACUGCACACUUGUGGUACACACACGUACAUUUGGGCACACACACACAGACUUUUUUUUCUAAGACAUAAAACUAAAGAAAUGGUUCUAGAACAGACGUCACCUGGUCUGUGUAUUUAUGAAAUGGGAAAAUAAGUCACGAAGACAGAAAGUGACUUGGCCAAGUUCACAGGGCUUAGGUGACACUGGAGCUGGGAAUCAUACCAUCAUUUACAUUGUGCUGUUGGCUUUAAUCCUAAUCCAACUGAUUAAAAAGAGACUGAGGUCCAGGAUUGGAAAGAGACUCACUCUAAAAUGAGUGGAGACAAACGGGAGCACCUAAGAGCCACAGAGUUGUCCCAAUCCAUCCACAGGCUUCGAUCAGUCCUCUGAGAAGAAAAGACCCUCUUAGGACUUGGUACAGAUAAGCUGGUGGCCAGCUUAGCCACAGACAGACAGACUGUCCCAAUUUAGGAUUUUGUUGGUUCCUUCAUGGAAGAAGCACUGUACAAUAUCAGCCUUUGUACCUGUGUUUCUCUGCCUGCAAAGGACUCCAGACCACUUUGGGUUUUCUACCCUCAUAGCCACUGACCCCAAGAACAUAACCCUUCUCUAUUCUGGGCUGGUAGUUCUCAGAUUCUUUGAAGAGUGAACAGGCAAAUGGUAAAAGAAGGUGGCAUAUGCCUGAUUGGGAUGGGACGAAAGUCAUCUAGAAAAGACUAUGGCAAGUGAGUUUCCCGGAAGUGGCCCACUGGGUGCCAUUACGUGGCUGCUAUGGGUGCACUCUGGUGAGGCACAGCCUGAGAGACUUCAUCCCAGGAUUGCUUCUCUCUGCUGAUGUAACUUUCUUGCCACAGUUACAUAGCCUAAUGAUUCCUGGGCAUCAGCCCACCCUGUUGGGCAAAUUUCCUGCAGAUCAACAUGAAAAUGG